UUUGUUUAGGCUUUAUUACUAAAGGCUACAAACAAACCUGGGCGCACUAUAUUUUUGUCAGCUCACUGAAAGAAACUCAUGAAUACGAGAGACUAGGGGGGAUAUAUCGACUGACCUUUUGAAAAUAGCCUUUGCCUAUAGCAAUAUAAGGGUUUGGUUCGUGAGACUCCUAAUCCGAAUUAGCCCGAGAAGUCCAUGACAAGAUUUUCCAAACGCACCAUCUGCUGUUCGGGUCGUGCAGCAGCAGCAGCAGCAGUAGCGGCGGUGGCGGAGGAGUACCAGCGUGCGGCUGCUGAGAGCAGUAGAGAGCGAGAGCGCGCGCCUGUCUGUGUGUCUGUGUGGCGUUGGCGGAGUGAUCCGUGCUAGUGUGUGCUGCGGCUAAAGCUGAGCGAGCGAGAGCGGGAGCGAGCGUGCUGCGUUCAGCGAGGUUCAGCCUGUAACGGAGCCAUCCUCAGGAAAAUAGCGAGAAAAACAGCGCAGCGGUCCGAGAAAUAAACAUCCCCGUCCGCUCAGACCCCCUCGCGCACCCUUUCUGCCUCCCGGAGAGACCUUUUACAAUGCUGCAGACACGGGAGCUCGCCUGGACGCUGCUUUUCUUUGCUUGUGCAGCCUCCCUGCAGGUGGAGAUCACGCCACCCAGUGGAGAGAUCAGCGUCGGCGAAUCCAAAUUCUUUCUGUGUGAAGUGGUGGGGGACGCUAAGGAGAUUGACUGGUUUGCUCCCAAUGGGGACAAGCUCCUGCCAAACAGGCAGGACAUCAGCGUGAGCCGCAAUGACGAUUCCUCAUCCACGCUCACCAUCUACAGCGCCACCGUGGACAACGCUGGCAUCUACAAGUGCGUGGCCAAGAACGGAGACAAGGAGACCCAAGCCACGGUCACUGUAAAAAUCUACCAAAAGCUCACGUUCCAGAAUGCGCCGUCCCCCCAAGAGUUCAAUGAGGGGGCUGAUGUGAACAUUGUCUGUGAUGUCAUCAGCUCCCCUCCUCCCACUAUCAUCUGGAAGUAUCAGAGAACCAAGAUCCAGCCAGAGAAAGAUGUGCGCUUCAAGGUCCUGAACAACAACCACCUCCAGAUCCGCGGCAUCAAGAAGACGGAUGAGGGGGACUACACCUGUGAGGGCCGCAUCAUGGCCCGGGGUGAGAUCGACCUCAGGAUCAUCAAGGUCAUCGUCAACGUUCUGCCCACGAUCAGGACCCGCUACACUAAGCUCAACGCCACGGCAGACAUUGGAGAAGCUGUGACGCUAGCAUGCUCCGCAGACGGCUACCCAGAACCCAUUGUUACGUGGGCACAUAAUAACGUGGUGCUGGUGCCUGAUGAAAAGUACAGUCUGAACGACGACGGCUCGGAGCUGACCAUUAAGGACGUGAAGAAAGUGGACGAGGGAGAUUACGUCUGCAUCGCCCGCAACAAAGCAGGAGAGAAAGAGGAGGAGGUCAGCCUCAGCGUGUUCGUCCAACCCAAGAUCACGUACCUGGAGAACCAGACGGCUUCGGAGUUGGAAGAGCAGAUCACGCUGACCUGCGAGGCCACGGGUGACCCCACCCCCAGCAUCGUGUGGAGCUUCGGCCGCCGCGUGUUCAGCGAAGGAGAGCAGGCUUCUUGGACUCGACCUGAGAAACACAAGAGUCUAGACGGUAACGUGGUGGUGCGCAGUGAUGCACGUGUCUCCUCCCUCACCCUGAAGUACGUGCAGUUCACCGAUGCCGGCCAGUACCUCUGCACCGCCCGCAACUCCAUCGGCGAGGACAUCCAGGGCAUGUACCUGGAAGUGCGCUAUGCUCCAAAGAUCCAGGGUGCAGUGACGGUGUACACGUGGGAGGGGAACGCUGCUAACAUCUCCUGUGAGGUUCUGGCUCACCCCGGUGCCGCCGUGCAGUGGUUCCGUGACGGCCAGCAGCUGCCCGGCGUGAACACCACCAACAUCAAAAUCUACAACACUCCCACUGUCAGCUACCUGGAGGUCACUCCAGAAUCCCAGGGUGACUUUGGCAGCUACAACUGCACGGCCACCAACGUGAUCGGCACAGAGUCCAAGGAGUUCCUGUUGAUCCAAGCAGAGGUGCCAUCGGCUCCCUCUAUCGAGCGGGUCACACCGUACCCCAGCACGGCUCAGGUGGAGUUCGACGAGCCGGACUCCAGUGGAGGAGUGCCCAUUCUCAAGUACAAGGCUGAAUGGAGGGUGGAGGGCCAGGACUGGGUUACCAAGGAGUACGAUGUGGAAGAUGGUCUCAACCUCAUCACUAUUGUGGGGCUCAAGCCGGAGACCAAAUACGAGGUCAAGAUGUCCGCCAUCAACGGCAAGGGUGAAGGAGACAGCUGUCCCCCUGAGACUUUUAAAACACAACCUGUCAGCUAUACUUUCACAAGGGAACCCAAUCCUCCUAAAUUAGAGGGCAAGCUGCAGACUACAGGCAACGAGCUGAAGGUCAACUGGAUCAAGCAGGACGAUGGAGGCUCUCCCAUUAAACACUACCUAGUCCGCUUCAGAGCUAAGCACCGCUCAGAGUGGAAGCCAGAGAUCCGCCUGCCCAAUGGCAGCGAGUACGUUGUGCUGAGGGGUCUGGACUGGAACACCGAGUACGAGGUUUACGUGGUGGCCGAGAACCAGCAAGGCCGCUCCCAGCCCGGCAUCCUUUCCUUCAGGACCUCCCCGGAGCCCAGCGCCAUUCCAGACACAGUGAUGGGUGGUUCUGGCCUGGGCACAGGGGCCAUUGUGGGCAUCCUCAUCGUGGUCUUCAUCCUGCUGCUCUUCGGCGUGGAUGUCACCUGUUACUUCCUCAACAAGUGCGGCCUCCUCAUGUGCAUCGCUGUCAACUUCUGCGGGAAGACCGGGCCCAGCGCCAAGGGAAAGGACGUGGAGGAGGGCAAGGCGGCCUUUGUGAAGGAUGAGUCUAAAGAGCCGAUAGUUGAGGUGAGGACAGAGGAAGAGCGCACCCCCAACCAUGAGGGUGGAGGCCCCACUGAACCCAAUGAGACCACUCCCCUUACCGACCCUGAGCAUGCCGCUGACACCACAGCCACAGUAGUGGACAUGCUUCCCUCUUUAGUCACUACUAACUCAGAGACGGUCACUGACAGCCCUGCUAGCGAAAGCACCACCCUUACCUCCAGCACUGCCCCCAGCACUGCGGCUGAGCCCAAAGCAGCCCCUCAUUCUAGCACCCCCAAAGCCAGCGUCACCUCUCCUACCUCCCCCCCUGCUGCCGUGGCUCCUCUGGUGGACCUGAGCGAUGGCCCUUCCUCCCACACCGCUAAACCCUCAGAAGCCCCAAAACCGGCUCCCUCGUCUGACCCCUCAGUUCAGAGCACGGGGGCCAAUAGUCCCCCUGCAGCUACGGACUCCCAGCAGGUAGACGGAGGAGCCCGCCAGUCGUCAAACACUGAUCCGGCCCAGGACGCGUUUGACUCGCUGCGCACACCCUCCACCGACUCCACCACCACUGCACCGCCCGCACCGAGCCAGGACGACGGUAAGAUCAUUGCAGACGACAAGAGUAAAUCGGAGGAGACGGAGGUGAAGAAGCCCCCGGCGGAGGUGAAGACGGUGCCCAACGAAGCCCCUCAGACAAACGGCAACGAGAGCAAAGCGUGAUCCAGCGUCCGCCCGAGGGCCUCCGAGCGUCAUCGCCACAUCAAAACGACAAAAAAAAAAAUGUUAAAAGGGUUUCUUUCUUCAGUGUCUUCUAUGAGUUUGCAGAACAACAACGAAAAAUAAAACGAGUUUGAUGAGUUUGUAGAUGUAUAGAGCGCCUAAAGAACUUGUGCACAUGCCUUUGUUAUUUGUUAUUUUAUUAUUUCUUUACUCUGUUUCUUCUACUGUUUUUUUUUUUCUUUUGGGUUUUUCGUUUCUCUGUGUUUCACGAACAGUGCGAUGGAAGCCUCCUUUACUUUAGUGCACUUGACCUCCUCUCCUCUGUCCGUUCUUCUUUCGGUCUCCACCAUCAGUGUCAUCCGUCGUUCACUCGGAACAGAAGCUCGAUCGAUAUCAGCAGGAUAUAUAUAAAUAGUUAAUAAUGGGGAACUGUAGCUGUUACUCCUCAUUAAUGCCUUUUUUACGUUGUAUACACAUACACAUACACACACACACAUACACAUAUAAAGGGGUUGGACAAUGAAACUGAAACACCUGGUUUUAGACCAACAGGAGAGUUUCAGACAGCUUCCUUUUACAGCGUCCACAGUUAAUCCUGUUGGAUGUGGUUGUUUCUUCUUGGUGGUUAAUGCUGACAAUUCCCUGGAUACCGUGGCCCUUGAUACAUCACAAAGACUUGCUGUCUUGGUCACCGAUUCGGCAGCAAGACGUGCACCAACAAUUUGUCCUCUUUUGAACUUUUUGGUAUGUCACCCAUAAUGUUGUGUGCAUUGCAAUAUUUUGCAAAGAGCAAAAUUGUGCUCUUACUUUGCUAAUUGAACCUUCACACUCUUACUGCUCUUACUGGUGCAAUGUGGUGCAUGUUGCAACCUCGCACACUAAAAUGACAAGUGUUUCAGUUUCAUUGUCCGACCCCUGUAUAUAUAAACACACACACACAUUCAGUAUAUGCACACACAUGCAUUCACAUGCUCACAUUCAUCCUUCACAUGCUCACAUUCCUUAUGUAGACCACGUCUUUACUUUUACUCUUUACUUUACUCUUUAUUCUCUCUUUUUUAUUUCAGUUAUGUACAUGCAGUAUUGCAUUACUUCAUUAUUAUUAUUUUUUUGUGUUUUUUUUUAUUUGUGGAACUCUGGGAAGCGUUAAUGUUGAUGCUUUCUGGUGUUUAAAUAAUGUACAAAAGUAACUGCCUUUUAUUUGAUGUUUUUUUUUUCACUGUUUGUUUUUUUCCAGGGCUAGAAAUAGAUCGCUCGCUCGCAUGCUUGCUUUGCAUAUUUUGUUUUUUCUUUUGUUUUGUUUUUUCUCAUAAUGCUCUUUUGUUUUAUUGUUUUAUUGUUUUAUUGUUUUCAUCACGGCCCCCGAGUGUUUACAUCUUUUACUUACUUUUACUUAUUCGUAUAUUCCCCCUUAUGAACACAACGACGAAAAACAACACAAAAAAAACAAACCCACCAACAACAAAAACAGCAUCGAUACAGUCUGAAGGCGCACACGGAAAAUAAAAAUAAUAAUGAUAAUAAAAAAUAAAUAAAUUAUUAAAAGCUCCGCACUGUACACCGACACAUGGGUCGAACAAUUUACCCCCCCCCCCCCCCCCUCGUUCUGAUCUUCUACAGCAGCAACAGCUACUUAUCUCCCUGCCUCUCCUUUUUUUUUGGCUUCAAUUUUAUUCACUUUUAUUCACUCCAGCCUGCUUUUAUAGUUUGACAGUUCAUCAGGAGCUCCCCUGCUGCGAGAGCAGCGAAGUGAAAGCUCCUCCCCACACUUCAGUCUUCGAUACGACCAAAACGAAGCUUUAGGAGCUUUAGGAGAUAGAUCCAAAGCUUCCUAAAUGGUGAGAGCCCUCCAAUGACGUCAGAAUAGCCAAGCUAGACGUACAGUACAAGCCAAAAGUCCAAACAUGGACACACCUUCUCUUGUUCAAUGCGUUUUCCUUAUUUUCAUGACUAUUUACAUUGUAGAUUCUCACUGAAGGCACCAAAACUAUGAAUGAACACGUGGAGUUUUAUGUACUUAACAAAAAAAGGUCAAAUAACUAAAAAAAAACAUGUUUUAUAUUCUAGUUUCUUUAAAAUAGCCGCCCUUUGCUCUGAUUACUGCUUUGCACACUCUUGGCAUCAUUCUCUCAAUGAGCUUCAAGAGGUGGUCACCUGAAAUGGUUGGUUUUCCAACAGUCUUGAAGGAAGGAGUUCCCAGAGGUGUUUAUUAGCACUUGUUGCCCCUUUGCCUUCUUCACUCUGUGCUCCAGCUCACCCCAAACCUCAAAUCUGGAUUGGGUUCAGGUCCGGUGACUUUGGAGGUUCAGCUCAUUUUUUGUUAAGUACAUAAAACUCCACAUGUGUUAAUUUAUAGUUUUGAUGCUUCAGUGAGAAUCUAUAAUGGAAAUAGUCAUGAAAAUAAAGAAAACGUAUCCAAACUUUUGGCCUGUACUGUAUUCAGUUAUAUAGUCGUAUAGCAUCAGAUUAGAUCAGUCAAACGCCUCGGUGUGAUUAGUGGUGAGUAUGCACACCACUAGUGCUCCUGUACUGUACUGGUGGUACUCGUGUCUUUGUACUUGUUGUUUGCUUCAGCCUGGAUAAACGUUGAUAAACAGUGCCUCCAAUGGGCGGCUGCAGCAAAUGUUUGCCCCAUUUAAAACAGAAAUGAAGGAAAUAAAGGAUUGAAGAAAUUAAGAAGUAAGGAAAAUGAAGAAAACUGAUGUUUUGGGCUUCGACUCCAUUUUCAUGCAUUUAAAAACUAAAUAUAACUAAAUAUAAACACACAAAAAUGACCAAAUGAUCGAAUUAUUUUAAAUUACCUUUGUAUUACUAUUAUUGUUCCUUAUUUAAGCCAUAGCACUCCAACGAAGACAAGCAACAAGGAGUCGAAACCUGACGUCUUAGAUUUGUACAGUACAGUUUUUUCAUUCUUUAGGCUGCAAGCUUGUGCACUGUGAAUGCGUGAAUAAACUAGUGUGAAUACAACGAAAAAAAAAAACGUGUUUUCUUCGUCAUAGACUUGAAACAGAAAUAAUAAUAUCCAUAGGUUGUGAAAGGUGUAGCUAUUAGUUCAGGUAAUGUUCCAUCUUGAUAAAAGAAAGAAAAUGUAAAAAAAAAGAGAAAUUAAAAUUUCAGCAACACUAUAUACAUUGUAUACAGACGACAUGAGGUAAAGAAAAAUACAAUGAAUGAAUGCAUAAAUAAAUAAAACAAAUAAAUAAAACAACCAAUCGAUAGGAGAAGGUGCCUUCAAAACUCUAUUCAAACGGUCGCCUGACCGCUUCAGCAUCGGCCUGAAGCCUCUGGGGAGGAGAGCAGCAGCGUGAAGGACCUGCUGUAUGUGGAUGAUGGCUGAUAUUUCAUUCUAAGGAUGUGUGAAACAGUUUGGGGUCUGUAAACUGUGAACUAUGAUAAUAAUAAUGAUAAUAAUUAUAAUAAUAAUGAUAAUAAUUCUCUCUUUCGUUAGUUUUCUCUGCAUGUCGUGUUGUCUGGAGAGCGUGAUGAUGAGUAUGAUGACUCUUAUUCUCAUACUCCACACUUUGCCUUUCUUAAACUGAUGCAAAACAAGAGCGUUUAUUUUCUUCACUCUUAAGCCUGCCUUUAACACAGAUACAGCCUCUAACUCUGAUUGGCCGGAACACCCAGUGCUCCACACUUAAAAGUGUCCCUAAAAGUGAAUUUUGAGUUUUGAGUUUUGAUCUGAAAUGAGCAUGCACUGUAUUCUGAACUGUCCAAACUAGAUGUCCUCAGUGUGAAGGUUUGCUAGUAAAUUGUUAAAUUGUUAAAAACAGCAGUAAAGAAAGCUUUCUUUGUUGUAUA